CAACAGCGAAGUGAAAAUAAACCAAUAACCGGACGAUAACAAUUGGAGUGAUAUGUUGUCUGCGAAUAAAUCGUUGAAAGAAGAUACAUAAUUGUGUAAUGCGUCUUACUCGGAAAUCAACGAGAGACGUUUAUUGAUGAUUCAUCUUGCUAGAGCCGUCAAAGAUGGAUGAAGUGAUGGACUCUCAAAAAAGUGUGACUGCUGAAGACAAUCCACAACAUGUAAACAAUGAUGUUUCAAAAACAGAAUUAUCAGAUGGAAAACAUGAACUCUUUUGUGCAUCAGAAAAAUGUGACGUGACAAAAGACUGCGUGCCGACUGAGACCACUCAAGAUGAUGUAGCAUCACAGAACUCGAUGGACUGUGGGUCUACAUGUGGGCUGGAUGAAUCUGUCCCCGCAGGCAGCAGAAGUAACACGGCUCCGACGCAAUGCACUAAUGGACAGAAAUCCAAGAGGCCUGGUUCACCUGGUCCUCAUCCUGUUAAAACAACCUGUGUGACUUCAAACUCUCCAAAUCCAAAGCUCACCCUCUGUCUUAGCAGUAGUUCCAUGAAGGGUGUGAGUACACCGAGUGACGUGGAAAUGCUAAGUCCAGACAGCCCUGUUUGUAAAUCCAUGCAGAUGAACAACUCUUCUGACAAGGAGCAGGACGGCAGUGCUCCCGGGGAGGACUCUGGUUUUGCAAAGGCUCAGGUAAUGGAAUCUCAACAGUCUGACAAAGACUCAGAUUCUGGAUGUUCGGCCAAAGAAAGAGUUCAUCUGGUUGCCAUGGGAACUCAGGAUGCAGAGGUAGCGGAGUGCAGUGGCUCUUCUGAUAUGAGCCAGGACUUUGCUAGAGGCCAGUCAGCUGCAUUUUGUGAAAGCGUCUCAUUUGCAUUGCGUAACAUGGACAAAGCAUGGCUGGGGACACCCAUAGAUGAGCUAAACAGAAUGCCCCAGUGUGCCCCCCCUCUGACUCACCUAAAAGUAGCGCCUAACCACACUGUCACAAUCAGGACAGAUCUCCUCAGAGAGGGAGACCUCCCUGUCCCCUACCCCACCAAGUUCAAAGAUGCAUGGGAUGAUAUGUCUGUGAAGAUGCCCUGCUCUGAGAAAAAUCUGUUUCCUGUUGAGACUGAGGAUGGAGGAGGUGUCCAGAGUCGUUGGGAGCUGAUCCAGACUGCAUUGCACGGGGGGUUCAAAAGUUGUCUGGAUGUGAGGGAUGCAAUACUGCGAUACAACACAGUCCAUGCAAAGAAAUGGGACUUCACUGCCCUGAACCUUCUCUGCACAGAGUGUCUUGAUGAUCGUGAGGUGAGCUACCUGUUUGAGGCUGUACUGCCUGCUAUGGUUGACCUGGCACUCAGUCUUCCUCGCCUCUGCACGAUUCCAAUCCCCUUAUUGAAAUCACGGAUGAACCACUCCCUGACUCUGUCUCAGGAGCAAAUAGCCUGUCUCCUGGCCAACGCCUUCUUCUGCACAUUCCCCCGUCGCAACUCCCGCAAGUCGGAGUAUUGCAAUUACCCAGAGAUCAACUUCUACAGGAUAUUUGAAGGUUCUUCAACAAGAAAAAUUGAGAAGUUGAAAACUCUGCUGUGUUACUUCAGGAGAGUUACAGAGACAAAGCCCAAGGGUCUUGUUACAUUCACAAGGCAAUCAAUGCACAGUUCUCCAAACUGGGAAAGUUCCCAGACUCAGCUUGCUCGCCUUCAUAUCACCUGUGAGGGAACGAUUGAAGAUGACGGAUACGGGAUGCUGCAGGUGGACUUUGCAAACAGGUUUGUAGGAGGGGGCGUAACAGGACAUGGGCUGGUCCAGGAAGAGAUCAGGUUCAUCAUCAACCCUGAACUCAUCGUCUCUCGCCUCUUUACAGAAGCUUUGGAACCCAAUGAAUGCCUCAUUAUCACAGGCACGGAGCAGUACAGUAAAUAUUCAGGCUACGCUGAGAGUUACAAAUGGAGGGAAAGCUACAAGGAUGAGACACCCAGAGAUGACUGGCAGAGGAGAUGUACAGAAAUUGUGGCCAUUGAUGCUCUGAAGUACAGGCACUUCUUAGAGCAGUUUCUCCCAGAGAAGAUGACAAGGGAACUCAACAAGGCAUACUGUGGAUUCUUCAGACAUAACGCCAACAGAAAGCAUCUCUCUGCAAUAGCCACAGGGAACUGGGGAUGUGGAGCUUUUGGAGGAGACACACGGCUUAAAGCACUGAUUCAGUUGAUGGCAGCAGCAGAGGCUGGGAGAGACAUGGCGUACUUUACUUUUGGAGAUGCUCAGCUCAUGAGAGACGUCCAUGAAAUGCACACUUUCCUGACUGAGAGAAAAGUCACUGUCGGGAGGCUGUACACCCUCUUGAACCAGUACUCCAACCUGGUGUGUAAGAACUGCCGCACCACUCGCCCUGACGUCAGCCUCUACAGUUUCAUCUGCGAUAAGGUCUCUUCCCCCACAACCGCCGACACCCCUGACUCAGCCAAGGAUUCUGGGAUGUCUCCUGCAACAUCGGACUCUCAUUAAUGCUACAGGGAGCUGCGACUUAAUCUCCCUCCCUGUCUCUGCGUGUCAAAGAGUCUCCAGGUUCAAAUGUUCAGUGUGCUGUCAGCCUUGUCACUUCUUCUCUCUCACAAACACUCCCUUUAAGUUUGUGAUCUCAACACACAAACUACCAAAACACAGUUCUGCCUUUCUUAUUGGUGGUGUUAUAGGAGCCUAGUAGUAUGUCAUUGAAUAAGGGUGAACUGUUUCAGAGACAUAUAGCAAUAGUAAAUCCUGGUUGCUGUUAGGCCUUUCUUAGUCAAAGUGUGAUGUGGAAUUCUCUUGUUUUGAAUACUAAUGACACAUAUGGCCAAAUAUUCAUUAUAUGCAUGGUUAUAGAAAUUUUUCCUUAAUCACUAUCCAGGACAUGGUAAUCCUCCCAUGCUACUUUUUUGGAGGAUUCUCCUCUAUUUUCCCUCCCUAGGCUGUGGUGACUGAAAGAUAAGAUGCCAUACUGUAGACUAUGCAUGGGUAACAUUUAUUUAUCAAAUAUUCAAAUAUAUGCUGCUCUUUUCUAUCAUAUAGGAUGUCAAAGCUCAACACACAUCUUGUCCUCAAGGCUUCUUAAGUAUAUCAAUGAAAUGGUCCCUGGUAUGAGAGUCAUUUCCGUGAAAAGCAGAAAAUGUAUGGCCAUUUUUAUCAUAAAACAUUAAUUCUUAUCUCAGUUAUUAUUUUCUAUAUAUUCAGCAUUUAGCACAGUAUUGCUACUGUACAUGCAAAUAAAAGGGGAAGCAAAAGAAGAAGGAAUUGCACGCAAAGUAUUUUUGUUAAUAUUUUUACUCAACAUUUACUUUUGGGACAGGAUUAUCUUUUAAUAUUUUUUGUGAUUGUCAUUCUGGGGAGUAUUUAAUAAUGGGUUCGUAGAUAGUCAAAGGCUGUAAAUUUAUUGCAUAUUACUGUACUAAAGUAGCUUUUGGUUGUACUCUUUUUAUCAUAAUUUCUUAAUUAAACUAUAUCCUGUUA